AUGCCAUCCCCCAAGAUAACAGCAGAUGAUUUCUGCAACUACCGUUUCGACUUCCUUGUAGUCGGUGGUGGUACUGCUGGAUUGGCUGUUGCGGCCCGUCUCUCAGAGAAGUCGUCCCUGAGGGUCGGAGUUCUGGAGGCUGGGCCAGAAGUUGAGGGCAAUGAACAUGUGGAGAUCCCUGGUUGGUAUGGCGCCACUUUGGGGACCGAGUUGGAUUGGCAGUUUGAAACCACAACCCAGGCCGGGCUAGGGGGCCGUACUCUACCAUGGCCCAGAGGGAAGGCUCUUGGAGGCACAAGCCUUUUGAACUUCAUGACUUGGAACCGUGCAAGCAAACAAGAUUAUGAUGCCUGGGAGAAGCUCGGUUGCAAAGGAUGGGGCUGGGACGGUAUCUUGCCGUUUCUCAAGAAGCCUGAGAAUUUCCAUGCACCCAGCCAGCAGACCCAAGUGGCCAACAAAGCCUAUUACGAUGCCAAUGGAUUUGGUGUCUCUGGGCCAGUUGACGUCUCUUAUGCGACAGAGUAUUCCGCUUCACAUCAGUCCUGGCAUGAUACACUUCAGAACUUAGGUGCGCACAAUAACAAGGCACACAUGACGGGAUCAAACGUGGGCGCCUGGACAAAUCUAGGCUCCGUCAAUCCCCGGACUUGCACUCGGACGUCCUCGGCAACGGCUUAUUAUCAACCGCACAGACAACGAACAAAUCUCGUCGUCCUGACCGAGGCUUUCGUCAACAAGAUAAUUCUUGAGCAAGAUGACGGAUCCUGGGCGGCCAGAGGUGUACAAUUCGUUCACAGAGGACAAAUACUGUCAGCGUUCGCGUCCAAAGAAGUGAUUGUUUGCGCAGGCUCCGUCCAGUCACCUCAGAUCCUCGAGCUUAGCGGUAUCGGCAACCCAGCCGUCCUCGGGAAUGCUGGGAUCGAGACAAUCGUUUCAAGUCCACUUGUGGGAGAGAAUCUUCAAGACCAUAUCAUGGCUGCCUCAAUCUACGAAGUCGACUCCGGUUUGCCUAAUCCCGAUGACCUGAAGACAGAUCCCGGUACAGCAGCCGCCGCCCGCGAGGAAUUCUCGUCGAAAGGCACUGGGCCGCUGACAAUCCUGCCAAACUCUAUCUGUUACCUCAGCCUAUCGCAAAUUAUGUCGGAGGAGGCUUAUUUGCGGUUGCAAACCAAGGCCAACGGAAUUCAAGACGACUUUCCAGAGCGCAACGAUAUCCGAAGAGCAAGAUUUGAUCCAUCCUUGCCGAAACUGGGGCAAAUCGAGUACAUUUUUGACCUCGGAAACUGGAACCCAUAUUUUCAACCAGAUGAUGCGUCCGCGGGGAAGAAGUAUGCAACGAUGCUGCAAAUCUUGCAGUACCCCUUCUCGAGAGGUAGUAUACAUGUCCGAUCUCCCAACCCUGCUGACAAGCCAUCCAUUGACCCACGGUAUUAUCGGGACGUUGGUGGGAGCUUAGACUUGGAAAUAAUGGUUGAAUGCGCCAAAUUUGCCGAGAAAGUCACACAAACGCUUCCACUUGCAAGCAUAGUUCACGGCCGCGUUGUGCCGCCAGGGUCGGCCAGAACCGAUGACGAGUUGAGGGAUUGGCUUGUGAGAGAGACCAUCACUGACUGGCACCCUAUCGGUACUUGCGGUAUGGGCGGAGAUCGCGGUAUCACAGGCGGAGUGGUUGAUGAAAGGCUAAGGGUAUAUGGUGUAAAGGGACUUAGAGUGGCGGAUGCGAGCAUCAUGCCCUUGCAAAUCAGCGCUCACCUCCAGGCCACGGUGUAUGCUAUCGCUGAGAAGGGUGCACAUAUGAUUUUGAAAGACUGGCAAGACUAG